CUGCAGUUUGCUUGUACAGGUGUGGUGAAACUUAGGUGAAGUGAUAAGUACAUUAAGUUAUAGUGUUGAUCAUUGUGCCUCUCACCAUGACCUUUGUGAAGCACUAUAGUGAGGAGGUGAAUGGUGAUGGUCGACGAGGAUGGUGAAGUGAGUGCGUAGGACCUAUAUAGUGUCACCCUUCAUCAUACUUUUGAGGAUGGUGAUCUGUGUAGUGAUGAUACGCCGUCUGUGAGGAGUAUGGUGAUGGUGUCCGUGUAAGAGUAUAGUGACUACAUGAUAAUAAGUAUCAGCGAUGGUGUACCGCCAGUGAGGGAAGUGUUGUGAAGGUAUUGUGAGAAGUAUCAGUUAUGAGGGGAUGUGUCGUGAUGGUGUGGUGAAGAUGGUGAAGUAGUGAUGGUGAGGUAGUGAUGAACGGAGGGUUAGUUCAGCGUCUGGCCGAGCUGAACCUUAUCCGUGACCCGGCCACCGUAGGCACCAAGACCCUAGUGAUCACCAGGCCCAGGCAGCAUCCCGUGCACCAAGGUGAGUCACUAGGCCUAGUCGCCAGGCCCUCAGUGCACCGAGAUGAGUCACCAGCCCCGGUCACCAAGCUCUCCCCGCACCAAGACGAUGGCGACACAGACCAAGAGACAGACCGCCUGCUGGGUCAACAGAGAUCCGAUGACCCGGGCUUCUACGAUGAGAAGGGUUGGCGACGACCGAAAACCCGAACUGUUAUGCCCCGGGCAGCCAAUCACAAGGCGAAUGGGGGCGGGGCCACCAGCAACGGCUCCACCCCCUCCACGCCCAUUGGUCAGAAUCAACAAGUUUCAACCAAUCAGACGCCUUCUUCGCCACCGGACAUGCCGUCCACUAAUAAAAAUAAGAAUAAAAAGGAGAAGGAAGCCAACAAGAAGAAAGGCCGCUCAAAAGAAGUGAUGAUUCACGAACCUGCAGUGUUGAUCGAAGGCGUCCUAUUUCGUGCACGUUACCUCGGGUCAACACAGCUCGUGUCAGAAGGUCAACCCACCAAGACCACCCGGAUGAUGCAGGCUGAAGAGGCAGUUUCUCGCAUCAAGGAUGCAGAUGAUGAUAAGGAAGCGCUGGCGGAAUGUAACGACCCAGAGCCAUCCCCAGGGCCCCCACACUCCCCAAGCCCCAAACAUUCACCUCUCCCCCAUCACUCUCCUACUUCUCUGCAUUCAUCAAGGGAGUCAGACUCUCCCAAUGGCUUUGAUUCGCCCAGGGAACUUUCACCCAGAGGUCAAAAUUCACCAAGAAACUUGAAUUCUCCUAGAGGACCCAAAUCCAGGUCCCUUGCCUCUCCCAUGGCUCAAGAAUCACUUGCUGUUUCACCCCGAGUUGUCCAUUCCCCACGGCGAGGACAUGGCUACCCCCACACUCCUGAUAACCAACCUGUUCACAAUACUUCAUGGAAACCCUUACACAGGAUGAACCAAGGGGUGCCUGCCUGUCCCUACAUGGCAGAAGUAAAUAUGGUGCAUUCUAAUGUUCCUCUUGUAGCUCCAUUACCCCCUGGAAUGUUAGAAGAACCAAUUGACACUCAGGAUGACAUGAUCACUGUCAUAGAACCAAGGGAAGAACCAUUAAAUGUGAUUGGGGAUGAUGAUGACUAUGAAGAGGAAGAAGAGGAGGAGGAGGUUGAAGAGGAGGAGGAGGAAGAUGAAGAAGAAGAAGAAGAGGAUGAGAGAGAAGAGCAGCGAAAAGUUAUUAGAGCAGAGGAUGAAGAGGAGGAAGAUGAUGAUGAGGAGGAGGAGGAUGAUGAUGAUGAUGAUGAGGAUGAAGAUGAUGAUGGAGAGGGAGGUAAAAAUGUUAGUCUUGACAGUGAAGACCAGUGCAUUGAGGUCCUUACAGUUAUCCCAGGAACAAGUGGGACAACACAGGAGAAUAGGGAGGAAGAGCUGGAGGUUGAUGGAGGCGGAGGUAACUUGGACUGGGUCUCGGAGGAGGGUGGGGGACCAGGGCUGGGGCCGGCUGGCACUGUGUUUCACCUCCGUCUGGUGGGGUCGGUGGAUGUAGCGGAGGAGUCAGGUAAAGCACCUGCCCGGAAGACAACUACAUGUAAGCGGCCCAAGAAGGAUAUGGUUAUGGAAGCUGUUUCGCAUCUAAAGGCAUUGGCCCCAGAUGGUGAGUCACAACCUAGCACAGAAGUGGACCUCUUUAUCUCAACAGAAAAGAUUAUGGUGCUCAACACUGAUCUAAAAGAGAUAAUGAUGGAUCAUGCCCUUCGUACUAUCUCCUAUAUUGCUGAUAUUGGAGACCUGGUUGUCCUAAUGGCACGGAGGAGAGUCUUGCCCACUGAUGAUGCUGGUAACAACAUUCAGAAAGCCCCCAAGAUGAUCUGUCAUGUAUUUGAGAGUGAUGAGGCACAAUUUAUAGCGCAGAGUAUUGGUCAAGCCUUCCAAGUAGCCUACCUAGAAUUCUUGAAGGCCAAUGGAAUUGAAGAUCAUAGUUUUGUUAAAGAGAUGGACUACCAGGAGGUCCUUAAUUCUCAAGAAAUCUUUGGAGAUGAACUUCAAAUGUUUGCCAAGAAAGAACUACAGAAAGAGGAGCUAUAUAUCUCAAAAACGGUGGUGGUACCAAAGAUGAAGAGCGAAAUCCUGGGUGUCGUGGUCGUGGAGUCAGGGUGGGGGUCUAUGGUCCCGACGGUUGUGAUCGCCAAUCUAUCCCCCACGGGUGCUGCUGCCAAGUGUGGCCAGCUCAACAUUGGUGACCAAAUAAUUGCUAUUAAUGGUGUGUCGUUAGUGGGUCUUCCACUUUCUACCUGCCAGAAUUAUAUAAAGAAUACAAAAUAUAAUACUGCAGUGAAGCUUACGGUAGUCCCUUGCCCUCCUGUGGUUGAGGUGAAGAUUCGUAGACCUGACACAAAAUACCAACUAGGGUUUUCUGUACAAAAUGGUGUUAUUUGCAGUUUAUUAAGAGGAGGCAUAGCAGAACGUGGUGGUGUUCGAGUUGGUCAUCGCAUUAUCGAUAUCAAUAGUCAGUCUGUGGUUGCUGUUCCUCAUGAGAAGAUAGUGAACCUCUUAGCUACUUCUGUUGGUGAGAUUCGAAUGAAGACCAUGCCUACUUCAAUUUUCCGCCUUUUAACUGGCCAAGAAACUCCACAGUAUAUAUAGUGCUUCUUGAUUUGUGCAGCUGAUAAAUUUGUAAUUACUACAGCCACUUAAAAUUGUCUGGGUGGACCUAGGAGAGUGUAGGUAAGUUCUGCAGUUACCCACUUGAUGCUUUUAUCAAAAUUUAGUGGAAACUCCAUAUGAACAGCCUUUAUGAACAAACAUGUUUGUGUCGAAAAAAAACAAAAACUCUUUGGGCUUCCUCUCCCAGCCCAAAGACUUUCCAAUGCUAAACCCUGUUUCUACCCUAAUGAUGAAUGAGUGGCAGUCAUUCUCAACUUUUUUAAUGGUAUAAAAUCCUGUGAAGCAUGUUGUUGGUUUGGAAGUGGGGUAUAGAUGGAUGAGAAGAUGCAAAAUUAGUCAUAAAUUUAAUAUCAGCAUGUUUGGAUUAAGGCCUUGUUUCUUGUACUGAGUGUAUGGAGAUAAAAGAAUCCAUUUUGUAUCUCAAUAUAAGUAGAGUGUUAUCUUCAUUAUUGUGGUGUAUAAAUAUUAUGGCCAUGAGCUCUAUGAGCACAAUGUCAGGUAUGAAGAGAGUAGUUAGUGCUCUUUGCUUUCAAAAUUAUUUCUGAGACAUUUAACAUUCCUUGGCUAUACAGUAAGAAGAAACAGACUAAAUAAAGAAAACUUGGAUGCAGUUAGUGCAUUUUUUUAUUGAAAGAAGCAUUGUUCUCAGAUGUUAAGAUAAGAUAUAGCAUACACAAGGCAAAUAGCCAUAUCAAGAUACUUACUAUGUACUGAAAUUACUAUUCAAGCUUUUGGCUGUGCUUUGAUUACAUGGCAACUGGCAAAAAUGGCAUGAUCUUUUCCAUAACAUUGUGAUUUGAAGUGCAUUUAGGCUUUAGAAGUACAUUUCAAUGUGUAACUGGUUUUCCACUUGCAUAGACUAGGUAAUAUAUAAUUGAAAUGCCUUCAAAUGAACUAAUAUGGUAUCACAGUUAGUUAGGAAUAGCUACUACAAUAUAUAUGGUACCCUUUCAUUUGUGCGUGUGGGUGUAACAGACUUAUCAGUCAAGUGGAUACUUGCCAGUAAAGUGAUAACAUAGUGGAUCACACAAGUAAAAAGCCAUGACCAUAUUGCUAUGGGAUAAUUAGAACCUCAUUUAAAUAUUAUAGAGUUGAAGAAGAGAAUUAAAUUUACCUCUUUCCAAGAAGACAGAAGAUAAUUCUUAAGUUGUCACUGGUAAUUAUAACAGCAGUGUCUGCUGGUAUGACCAUGCAAUAUUAUAUCAGUGAGGCUCUCUCUUAAUCUCUGAAAAUACUGUUAUUAUAUGAGCCUUGUUGAGGUAAUAUAUAGGGAUCAUAUUUGCUAAUGUAAUCCAUACUAUUCCUCAGAUAUGUAAGUUAAAAGUUAGUCAUAUUUUCACAGUCACUGCACAAGUAUAUUUUAGUUCAAAGUGUGACUUUGCUUCAAUCCAGGGAAAACUCAGAAAAACUGGCAUAGUAGUAUCUGAGAAUUUCAUGACAGUAUAUAAAUGUAUAUCAUUGCAUUUUAUUGCAACCAACUUUACUUUGCCAUCAAUUGAAGGUAAUGACAAGAAUCUUGUUCAUAUAAUUCCCUCUAUUUACUGAUAAACCUUAAGUUUAUAUAGAGGAGCAUAUCAUUAAACAGUUAUAAACCCUUGCAGGACUCGUACCUUAUUUGCCCUUGAGCUCGUCAUUAUAGUAGAGUUCAGUGGACCACUGGAAGAUAUUGUUGAGCCGCAUUUGCCCUCGUGCUCAUUUUACACGUAAAACGAUGCAUACUUAAAUACUUUGUUCUAAGCAUUUUGAUCUAGACAAUUAAAUCCAAACCCCUCAAAAAGUCCAAUUUCAUUUGUACUGCUUAAAAAACUUUAUUCUUGUUACAAAAGUAGAUAUUGACAUAUUUAAAAGAUUCUUCAGAUGGACAGUUAACUUAUAUAGCAAGCAUGAUAGCUCUUGAUACAGAGGCUGCCAUUAUGUUCCAGUGACCCACGGCGUUGUGUACUGUGUUGCCUUUGUGCCUGAUACGGAAGAGCAAGUAAAGUGUACAGUGUAUAUGUGAGUCUCGUAACAAUAAAUUUGUGAUGGUAGGGAAACCUCUGUACAGUAUAUAUAUAUAUAUAUAGUGCUAUCAGGUUUGUCUUAUUUUUAUUAUAACUAGGUAAGACAUGAGUAGCCUUACCCAUGUUCAAUAUUUAUAAUGUCCACAUUGUGUUCUGUAUGUAGUUUUUUCCUCAAGUUAUUCUGAACAUAUUCUUACAUUAUGAGUGCAAAAGCUGUAAGCUAAGUUCUUAUGGUGUGAAAACUGCUCUUUGUGACUUGACAUAUAUCACUAAUUCUUUAAAAAAAAUAUAUCACACUCCUAAGUGGAGAUAUUCUCUGCUUGCUUCAUUAUUUGUGACGGCCAAACAUUUUAAGAUCUAUUUGGUAUAUCUAUGGAUGUACAAUUCUUCACUUAUGGGGAAAAAUUGCCUUGAUAUUCCAACUCAUCUUUAAAAUUAUUGGUCAAAAUUUUCUGUGAAUGAGUGAACAUAAAACAGUGAUGGCAGUUGGGUUAUUUAUACACUUGCAUUUGUAAUUCGUUUUAUUGUACAUGAGAAAAGUGGCUUUGUAACACCAGAGUAUCAACUCUUGUUCCAACUCCUGAGAUCUGUGAUUAUAUAAGCAGUUGUCAUGACAAGGCUAAUUUUCCUUAGGUAGCAAAUACAGACACGAACUGUACACAAAACCCUUUUGGGUCUUGUACUUUGGUGAUCACAUUACUAAAGCAACCCAAACAAUUGCUUACACUUAAAGUAAGCAACAAAGAAUGCCAUUAUUAAAACUCCUUAAGCUGUGGAUGAAAACCUCACUUCCAUGUAUCAACUGGAAACUGUGUCUUAUAAGUAUGUAAGACAGGGUGUAAGGUCACACAGUGGACUUUCAUAAUUGCACUAACACAGAAGUUUGUACAGUUCAUAGUUGAAAAAAUAAUGCACUGCAGUUAAGCUAUGCAAUAUUUUUUUUUGAACUACAACCUCAAUAUAAAUUGCUUACCUUACACUCUUUCUUCCUAGGAACUCAUAGGUGCAUUUCCAAUCAUCACACAGAAACACAAGGUUAUAGGAGGCAAGUACAUAUGACCACUUUACAGCACAAGCCUUUCCAUGCUUAGCCAAUGACAAGUGACAAUAACUUAACUGGCAUACAACAGACCACUCACCAAACCUAAGCAAUGACAAGUGACAAAAUUGUAAAAUCUUAUGACUGUUUAUGGCAGACCAUACACAGGCUUUGCCACUGACAAGAGUUAUGAUGCACCUAAAACCUUUGAAAAUGUUUACUGUGUGAUGAUUUAUUAUAUAUAUGUAUUGGUGAAGAGAAAUGAAACCAAAGGAUGAGAUCAGUAAUUACAUUAGGAAAACUAAUAUGAUGUCACCAUGUUGUGUGCCAUAUGUACUGAAGUCUGUUCUGCCAGUCAGUUCUUAAUAAAAUGGUUGUUAAACACUU